AUGCCGCGCAAGGCUAUUGACUCGCGCAUUCCGACGCUCAUCAAAAAUGGCGUCCAGGAAAAGAAGCGAAGCUUUUUUGUCGUCGUCGGCGAUCGCGCAAAGGAUGUGAUUGUCAAUUUGCAUUACCUGAUGUCCAGCAUUGAUGUCAAGCAGAACAAGUCGGUGUUGUGGGCCUAUAAGAAGGAUCUCCUGGGUUUCACCAGUCAUCGCAAGAAGCGGGAGGCCAAAAUCAAAAAGGAAGUCAAGAGAGGCAUCAGAGAGCCCAACUCCGAAGACCCGUUCGAACUGUUCGUCACCCUCAACCAGAUCCGAUAUGUGUACUACAAGGAAACGGAGAAGAUUCUGGGAAACACCUACGGGAUGUGUAUCUUGCAGGAUUUCGAAGCCAUGACGCCAAACCUACUCGCCCGAACCGUUGAAACCGUCGAAGGUGGUGGUAUUGUGUUGUUGCUGCUGAAGAGCAUGAACAGCUUGAAGCAGUUGUAUACGCUGUCGAUGGAUAUCCACUCGCGAUACCGCACCGAAGCACACGAUGACGUGACCGCACGAUUUAACGAACGAUUUAUUCUUUCCCUGGGUAGCUGCGACUCAUGCUUGGUGAUCGACGACGAGAUGAAUGUGCUGCCAAUUUCUGGAGGUAAAAAUGUCAAGGCACUGCCGCCCGUCCAGUCUACCGAUCCGAACAAUACCGCUACAAAGAAGGAAUUGAAGGAGAUCAAGGAAAGUCUCGCGGAGACUCAGUUGAUCGGACCUUUGGUCAAUCUCGCUCGCACUGUUGAUCAGGCCAAAUCGCUCUUGACGUUUGUUGACGCGAUUGCAGAGAAGACCCUGCGGAGUACCGUUGCUUUGACUGCAGCGAGAGGUCGCGGAAAAUCUGCCGCUCUCGGUGUCGCCAUUGCGGCUGCCGUCGCCCAUGGCUAUAGCAACAUCUUUAUCACAUCGCCAAGCCCCGAGAACUUGAAGACCCUGUUCGAAUUUGUCUUCAAAGGAUUUGAUUCUCUUGGCUACAUGGACCACGUCGACUAUACCAUUCUUCAGUCGACCAACCCCGACUUCAACAAGGCCAUCGUCAGAGUCAACAUCCAUCGUCAGCAUCGCCAGACCAUCCAGUAUAUCCAGCCCCAAGAUGCCCACGUGCUGGGACAGGCCGAACUUCUGGUUAUUGAUGAGGCGGCUGCUAUCCCUCUGCCUCUCGUCCGCAAACUGAUGGGUCCUUAUCUCGUGUUCAUGGCAUCGACCAUCAACGGUUAUGAGGGAACCGGUCGAUCCCUCUCCCUGAAGUUGAUCCAGCAGCUUCGUGAACAGUCUCGGGGAGGUCUCAAGGCCAGUGGUCAGGAGGAGAUCGACGUUGCUGAUCGCGCCACUGGAAAGGCCUCCAAGGACUCUGGCAAGACCCUGGGUGCACGUACCCUACGGGAGAUCACUUUGUCGGAACCCAUCAGAUAUGCUGCCGGCGAUUCGGUUGAGAAGUGGCUGAACAAGGUCCUGUGUCUCGAUGCAACCCUGCCCAAGUCCAAAAUGAACACUCAGGGCUGUCCUCACCCUUCGCAAUGCCAGCUCCUUCAGGUCAACCGGGACACACUGUUCUCGUUCCACCCCGUUUCUGAAAAGUUCCUCCAGCAAAUGAUGGCCCUUUACGUUGCCAGUCACUACAAGAACACCCCUAAUGAUCUUCAGCUUAUGAGUGAUGCGCCGGCCCACCAGCUCUACGUUCUCGUCCCGCCAAUCGACGAGAAUGCCGCCAAGCUCCCUGAGCCUCUUUGUGUCAUCCAGGUCUCUCUGGAAGGCCGCAUUAGCCGACAAAGCGUUCUCAACAGCUUGAGUCGUGGACAGCGUGCUGGAGGUGAUCUAAUCCCGUGGCUUGUCAGCCAGCAGUACCAAGACGAAGAUUUCGCUGGUCUCUCCGGUGCCAGAGUUGUUCGCAUCGCAACCAACCCUGAGUAUUUGAACAUGGGCUAUGGAUCUCGGGCUCUUGAGUUGCUCACCGACUUCUACGAGGGCAAAUUCACCGACCUUUCCGAGGACAACAUCAAGCCGCAAGAGCAGAUGGUCCGGGUGACCGACGAGGAACUGACGAACUCCAACCUUCUGGACGACAACGUGCAUGUUCGGGACAUCCGAUCGAUGCCCCCCUUGUUUGCCAAGUUAUCCGAGUGUCGCCCGGAUCACCUUGAUUACCUCGGUGUCAGCUACGGCUUGACCCCGUCCCUGCACAAGUUCUGGAAGCGCUCUGCCUUCGUCCCCGUAUACCUCCGCCAAACGCCUAACGAACUGACCGGCGAACACUCGUGCGUGAUGCUGCGCACGCUGUCCACGGGUGCCAACGACGCAGCCUGGCUUGGUGCUUUCGCUCGCGACUUCCACAAGCGUUUCCUCGCUCUGCUGUCGUAUCAGUUCCGGGAGUUCCCCUCCGUCCUUUCGCUGAGCAUCUGCGAAUCCGCCAACGCCGGCGCCAAACUCGACUCCGUCGUUCCGCCGCCCCUGUUUAAAUCCAACCUCGACAGCGCCUUCUCGCCCUUCGACCUCAAGCGUCUCGACAGCUACGCGAACAACCUGCUCGACUACCACGUCAUCCUCGACAUGGUCCCCACCAUCGCCGAAUUCUACUUCUCCGGCCUCCUCAACAACCGCGUCAGUCUUUCCGGCAUCCAGACAUCCACCCUGCUCGCCAUCGGCCUGCAGCGUAAGUCCAUGGACCAGCUCGAGAAGGAAUUGAGCGUGCCUUCGUCUCAACUCCUGGCCAUGUUCCUCAAGGUCAUGCGUAAGAUGUCCACGCAAUUCCGCUCCAUCGUCGAAGGCGCCGUCGCCGAAUCUAUGCCCGCCGAGAAAGUCCCCGUCACGCACGCCUCCGCCGAAGCUCAUGACGAGGUCGUCGACGACCGCUUCAAGCCGCUCGAGCAGAGCCUGGACGACGAGCUCCGUGAAGGUGGUAAACAGGUCGAUGAUGAACUGCGUGAGAAGCAAAGAGCCUUGAUCGAUGCUUUGCCUUUGGACCAAUACGCAAUUGACAACGGCGGUGCCGCGUGGGAAGACGCCGAGAAGCAAAUCCGCGGCGGUGGAGCCUCCACCGUCAGCGUCAAGUCGACGAAGCAGAGCAAGCGCAAGAAGGGCGAGUCAGCGCGCGAGAUCUACGACCAGGAGGUCGACUCGAAAAGACAGAAGAUCAUCAAGAAGGGGACGGAAGGACGGAAAGGAAAGAACUAG